AUGAGGCAAAACGCGGAGUCCUUUGUGAAGGACUUGGAGCAAUCCUUGGAGGACUCGCAGACGGAGGCGGCAGAAGCGAAGGAGAAGCUGGACGCUGCACGAAAGGAGCCGGUGUUCCUACGCGAGAAGAUCAAGAAGAUGCAAGAGGAGCACAGCAAGGAGCUGGAAGAUCUCAAGGAGAAGCUGAAAGCCGCGCAGGCAAAGAAAGAGGAAGCGCCCACCGACCUCGCGAGCUCCUUGUCAAUGGCAUCUAGCAAGAGCAAAGGCGGAUCACGGUUCGACAGCAUGGCGGACAUGCUGGCCUCCGCCCAACAGAGCUUCAGCACCCAGGAGCAGUUCACCAUCGCCUGCAGCCUGCUCAAGGGCACGCCCAGCACCCAGGUGACCAAGACCGCGGAGCUGCUGAAGGCCGUGGUGGAGGAUGCGCGCCCGAACCUACUUAAGGAGCUCUUGCUGCUGGAGCAUCCCUCCUUGGGCUCUCCCAAGAUGCGGCUCGGCGCGGCGCAGAAGCUGAUCUCCCAGCUGCCGGAGGAGGACAUGGCGUCGGUGGCGCAGAUCAUCCCCCUGGUGCUGUGCAAGGAGCUGGCGGUGAAGGUGCUGGAGGCUUCGGCGACACAGGACGCCGCCGGGGAGGAGCACUCAGAGAAGAGCUUCGACCCCAACAUCGACCUGAGCAAAAAGUGCAAGUGGUCGCUGAUGAGGAGGUUCCUGAAGAAGCUGACCUCCAACGAGGUGAAGAACCUCUUCGAUGAGUUGGGCCCACGCUCCAAGAGAUCCAUUCUGACGGACAUCUUCGAUUACCAAGAUCCCAAAGACUUGGAGCUUUGCGCCGAGAUGAUCUUCGUGGAGCGGGGGGCGAGCAUCAAAGUUCAAAGUGUCGUCGAAUUCUUCGCUGCUAUGGCCGACUUGAAGGGCUUGGAGCUGCCUGCUCUUCUGCAAAGUCAACAUGCGGAGCUUCUGAAAAGGUUCGAAGUACAAGAUGACCUCCUCCGGCAGUUGCUGGCCUGGCGACCGGAUUUCGCAGGUAACCUGAACGGCGACCUCUCUCACUCCCUCGAGUUGCGGCCGAAGCGCCUGUCCGCGUUGAGCAGCAUGAACGGCCACGACUCGCCACCGCCGGACCGGGCCGUGAACGGCAAAGUCGCGAAAGCCGGCGACGACGGGGAAGCGGAAGCCGAGGCAAAAGGAGAGCCAUUGAGGAGCUCCUCCAUGCAGGGCAUGCCGGCCAGGCUGAGGAGCCAGAUGUCGGCCAAGAAGCCUCAGGAGGAUCCCACGCACCGAUUCCUGUGGCGCAUGGUGAAGAAUCCCAUCUUCGAAUCCUUCUUUGCCGUGAUCGUGGUGGCCAACGGGAUCUUCAUCGGUCUGGACACCUCCUAUCAGGCCCAGAAUCCCAACACGCGGCUGCCGUCCUUGCGGAUCAUCUCCUACGUCUUCGCGGCCUUCUUUACCUGCGAACUCUGCCUUCGAAUCUGUGCCGAGCGGCGUCUCUUUUUGCAGUCUGAGGACUGGGCCUGGAACGCGCUGGACGUCUUCAUUGUCUUGAGCUCCCUCUGGGACGUCAUCGUGGACAUUGUCGAGGCGGUGAUGCAGUCCCAGAAUGUGGAUAGCAUUGCCGGGAUGAGCGGUCUCAAGUCCUUCCGCAUCAUCCGCCUCACGCGGCUGCUGCGCACCGCCCAGUUCGUCCGGAUCUUCCGCUUCGUCAUGGCGCUGAGGACCCUGGUGACCUCGAUCAUCCACACCAGCAAAGCCUUGGUCUGGGCGCUGGUUCUGCUGCUACUGAUCGAGUACGUAUUUGCGGUCCUGUUUACCCAGGUGGUGAACGACAUCAUCGCGGAGGGGGAGGUGGUCCUCUCGCCUGCGGAGUCGGAGCUGGCCUUGAACUACUUCGGGUCCUUGACGGACUCCAUGCUGACGCUCUUCCUGUGCAUCAGCGGGGGUGUGAGCUGGGAGCUGGUGCUCAAACCUUUGAGGACUCUUUCCGGGGCCUUGGUGGCCUGCUUGUUGAUCUACGUCUUCUUUACCUACUUCUGCGUUUUGAAUGUCGUGACCGCGGUGUUCUGUCAGAGCGCCAUCGAGAGCGCUCAGAACGACCAGCUAACGGUGAUCCAGGCCAUGCUCUUGAACAAGGAGCAGCACAUUCAGAAGAUCCAAGAGCUCUUUGAGAAGCUUGGAGCGGACGAAUCCGGCGUCAUUACCCUGAAGAUCUUCCAGGAGCACGUGAACUCUCCGGUGGUGAGGGCCUGGUUUGAGGCUUUGGGCUUGGACGUCUGGGACGCCAUGUCCUUCUUCAAGCUCUUGGACUCAGACGGUGGGGGCUCCGUGGACGUCGAGGAGUUCUUCAUGGGCUGCCUGAGGUUCCGAGGCCAAGCAAGGGCCAUGGACGUGGGCAAGGUGAUCCAAGACCAGGCGUCUCUGAUGAGACAGACAGGCCGCUUCCAACAUCUCAUGGAGGUGGAGCUUAGGAGGCUCCGCCGGGAGCUGCGAAGUCUCAGAGGGGACGGGCCGAAGGAUCAGUGGGAGCCCAACCUUUGGGCUGGCGAAGGAGAUGCCGCUGAAGCAUUGCCCAACGACCCGUCGUCGAAGAAAGAGCCCAGCAUCAAGGCCUUCACCAAGGGCUUGAGCGCCGAAGCCAACGAGCUCUUCCUGGUGCAGAUUGCCCAGCGGGUGGGCGAGGAGAAGGCAGUGUCCAUGGUGGCGCCGAACUUCAAGCGGGUGGAGGCGAGCCGGCAAUCGGUUGUGCGCCACCACGAAACCGUCCAGACCGAGUUCACCUGCGUGUCCGAAGAGCUGGUCUUAUCCAGAAAGCCGCGGGACGAGGGCAUCGAUGGCAUCUUCCUCACAGGGUUGCCCCGCUCGCGCACAGCCUCAGUGCAGGAGGCUGAAAAAGCAGCAGCUGCCGCGGAAGAAGCCCGUCUGCUGGAGGCGCAGGCGGAGGCCGAGCGAAAGGAGGCGGAGGCGCAGGCGGCCAUGGAGCUCAUGGCGCAGCGCAAGGCCAAGGAGCUCCAGGCGCAGCAGGAAGCCGAGGAGCAGGCAGUUGCCAUUGCCCUUCGGGCGCAGGAGCAGGAGCGGCAGAUGGCGCGGGAGUUGGAGGCCUUCAAGGCCAGGAUGGAGGAGGAGCUCAGGGCGAAGCAGGAGAAGAUUCUUUCAGAGGCGGCGGAGGCGAUGCCUGAGGAGGCCAUGGCGGCUGCCAUGGCCAAGGCCAAGGAGGAGGCGGAAGCGGCCGCAGCCGCCAAGCUGAGGGAGAAGGAGGAGGCGCUGCAGGCUGCGCAGCGCCGGGCGGAGAAAGAGGCCCAUGAGGCGGCGCAGCGGCAGCAGGCUGCAGCGGACUUGGCGCAGCAGAUGGCGGAGAAGGAGGCCGAGGCUGCAGCCGCCAAGGAGCAAGCUGAGCAAGAGGUAAAGGCUGCACGGGCUCAGCGCAGGGCCAGUAUGGCGGCCACAGAAGAAGCCAACAGGGCCACAGCGGCUGCAGAGGCGAAGUCCCGUGCCGCUGAACGGGAGAAGGAGGAAGCCAUGGCCAUGAAGGAGGCCUACGAAUUGAUGCAGGCCGCCGAGGUAGAGGCCCGGCAGACGGCCGCGGACGCCGAGCGCGACGCGCUGGCAGCGGCGCAGCGCGCGGCGGAGGCGGCGCAGGCGGCGCGGGAGGAACUGGACGCCAAGGGCCAUCAGCUCUCCGAGGAGGAGCGCCAGGCGCUGCAGCAGAAGGCCGACGAGGAGCAAGCCGCCAAGGAGGCGGCGGAGGCGGCGGCGCAGGCGGCGCAGGCGGCGGCGCAGAGCGCGCAGCAGCGAGCCGCGGAGGCGGAGCGUGAGAUGAAGGAGCAGGCGGUGACCGCCCAGUUCAAGGUCAUCGCGAAGCUGUCGCGGGUCCAAGCGGCGUACACCACCCUCGAAGAGCGCUUCCGCAUGCAGGAGGAGGUGGCCGCUGGCGCAGAGCGCCGCGAGCAGGAGGCGCUGAAGCGGGAGGAGGAGCUGUCCGUGCAGAUCGCGGCCCACGCCCUGGCGCGACAGGCAACGUGGUGCCACCAGCCCGCGCAGACGCUCCUGGCGUGUGAGCAGGACGACGACGAGAAGUGGAGGUGGACGGUGCAGGCGGAUGGCGAAGAUUCCCACGCUUUGGACGUCCGCGUGGAGACGGAGACCUUGGCCGCCCAGUGGCUCCACGAAGUCCGGCCCAGGACUCGAUCCGAGGAUCGGAGCCAAAGUCGGCAGAGCCAAAGUCGGCAGAGCCAAAGUCGUCAGAGCCAGCGCCCGGAGGCUCUGGACACCACAAGCUUCGGCAUGGAUCACAGAAACCGCUGGCUCUUCACAUUGCCAGACUGA